GCAGACACUUUGUUUCGCCGCGUCGAAAGCGCUCGGACUCGGAGCCGCACGCGAAGCGAUCAACCGGUUUGUUCUGCGUCUACAGCUGGAGGAGCCGGUCCGGUCCGGUCAUUACCUGUAACCAUGAUUUCAAUAAGGAAGUUGCUGGGCGGCCGAUGGUCUUCAGCUGCGAGGCUUGAUGACAAGACGGUGAUCAUCACUGGGGCGAACACAGGCAUCGGCAAGGAGACGGCCAGGGACCUGGCGCACAGAGGCGCCCGGCUCAUCCUGGCCUGCAGAGACGCGGAGAAAGCGGAGGCAGCCAAGAAGGAAAUCACAGAGGAUUCUGGAAACCAGAAUGUUGUUGUCAUGAAACUUGAUUUAUCCGACACAAAGUCGAUCAGGGACUUUGCCGAAUUAAUUAAUAAGGAAGAGAAGCAGAUCAACAUACUUAUUAAUAAUGCUGGAAUCAUGAUGUGUCCAUAUUCGAAGACAGCAGAUGGCUUUGAGAUGCAGUUUGGUGUCAACCAUUUGGGUCACUUUCUGCUGACGUACCUGCUGAUGGACCUGAUAAAGCGCUCCGCCCCGGCCAGAAUUGUCAACGUGUCGUCCACGGCUCACACAUGGGGCGCCAUCAACUUGGACGACAUCAACAGCGAGAAGAGCUACGACGCCAAGAAAGCGUAUGGACAGAGCAAGCUGGCCAACAUCCUGUAUACCCGCUCGCUGGCCAAGAGGCUAGAAGGAACGGGUGUGACGGCGUAUUCCCUCCACCCUGGAGUGGUGCAGUCAGAGUUGUGGAGGCACCUGAGCACACCCUUGCAGCUGGCCGUGAAGGUCUUCAGCCCUUUCACCAAGACAGCCGUACAGGGCGCGCAGACCUCCAUCUACUGUGCUGUGGAACCAGAGCUGGAGAAGGAGAGCGGAGGGUACUACAGCGACUGCGCUCCUGCAAGCUGCGCGAGAUCCGCCAGAGACGACGAAAUGGCCCAGAACCUGUGGGAUCUCAGCUGCCAGAUGCUCGGAAUUGCAUGGGAUUGAACCAAGAAGCUUUCGAACCUGAACCAAUUUACAUAAUGCGCAGGACAGAAUUGAUGUAUGAGUUUAGUGCGUCCACAUACUGUACUUACCGUGUGUACACAGGUAAACACACAGGGGCUCUGAAGGAAACGAGGGUAGAUAUAAAAACUACGAAUUCCUCAGGCACAUUUGACAUGUAUAACUGUAUAUCAGUGUUCAUGCUAAAGUUUGUCGUUUUAUUUUCAAUUCUUUGUUGGUAGACAAAUAACAAUUAACAUUUGAAUAUAAUUAACAUUUUAUAUAAUCUGUGCUCUUAAUCAGAUUGCAGAAACAAAUGUCUGUCAUCCCCACCUAGCUGCCUUUAUAAAUAUUGUAUUAUUUA